CCGGGGCCGGAUCGCGGCGGCUCCAGCGGAGCCCCCGAAGUUUGCGCUGCCGGCGGAGGCGGCUCGCGGCCCUCGUCCCGCCGCUUCCGGGGCCCCGCCGGGCGGAGCGGGCCGGGCCGGGCAGGGCAAGGGGGCGGGAGCAGCCGCCGGCAGGGAACCGAGCCGAGCCGCGAUGAAGAAGCCGGACGGGAAGGUGGUGCUGCUGGGGGACAUGAACGUGGGCAAGACCUCCCUGCUGCACCGCUACAUGGAGCGGCGCUUCCAGGAGACGGUCAGCACCGUCGGCGGCGCCUUCUACCUGAAGCAGUGGGGGCCGUACAACAUCUCCAUCUGGGACACCGCAGGACGGGAGCAGUUCCAUGGCCUCGGGUCUAUGUACUGCAGAGGAGCGGCUGCUGUGAUCCUCACGUACGACGUGAACAGCCUCCAAAGCCUGACGGAGCUGGAAGAAAGAUUCUUGGCUCUGACAGACAGUGCAAGUGCUGACUGCAUUUUUGCUAUUGUUGGAAAUAAAGUUGACCUCAGUGAUGACUGUACUUCACCACCGGAUGAAAACAGACCUGAGAAGUCUGGUGCCAGCUGUGGCUCAAAGGUGCGGAAACAAGUCCGUGCAGAGGAUGCAAUUGCGCUCUAUAAAAAGAUACUGAAAUACAAAAUGCUAGAUGAGAAGGAUGUUCCAGCUGCUGAGAAAAUGUGUUUUGAGACCAGUGCAAAGACAGGAUACAAGGUGGACUACCUGUUUGAAACUGUGUUUGACAUGGUAGUCCCAAUAAUCGUACGGCAGAAAGCUGAGGGGCCACCACAAACCGUAGACAUCACGGACUACAAGCCAGCCAAAAGGACAAAGUCAGGUUGUUGUGCCUGAACCAUCUAUGUGACAUGGAAAAGGGGAGGGAUUUUUCACUCCAGCAAAAUGAGGAAUAAGAACUGCUUGCAGUUGACCAGAAAGGAAAAGUCAAGGAAUAAAUAGACUAAAAUGGUGUAUGCAAAAAAAAAAAAAAAAAAAAAAAAAAAAAACCAAAAAGAGAGAGAGAAACAAAUAAAUCUUCUGACCAUUAAAGGCUUCUGGGAAGCUCUGUGUAUUAAAAAAAAUGGGAAUGCAAGUGAAAUUAUAGAGUAAGACUUGCCAGUUUCCAUGGGCUCUGAAGACAAGUGAUGUGUUAUUAGAAUGGGUAGCGACAAUCCUUUGGACAGAUUUGAAACAUUCUGAUUUUUAGUGACUUGCCAUUUCAUGUUGCAUGUAAAUGAUCUGUUUGUGUACUCUUGAAAACUUUCAUAUUAUGAUCUUCUUUUCCCUUAUGAUUCUAACUUUGGAAGACUGAACAUAUAGUACUUUUUUAUUCUUAAGGAAAAAAAGAAAAUCCAGGUAUAUUUAUAUUUGUAGCUAAUAAGUCAAAUGCAAUCUUUUUAUGACAGACAUGACCGCAUAUGAUUCAGAAGCUGAACUAUUAAAAUCACUGUGGAUAUGUA